AUUUCGCCCCGCGACUCCCGACUUCAACAACAACCACAUGUCGGCUUUUUCCAAAUUUGGUAACUCAAAGUGGUGCACGUUUUUUGAAAAAGUUUCAAAGCCGGGUUUUGCUGUCAAAUUAUGGGGCCUAAAAAGGAGGUGAAAGAAGAGCGACCUGUGCUCUUGGGUCGCGUCGGGACAAACUUGAAGGUUGGAAUUGUUGGACUGCCGAACGUUGGUAAAUCUACUUUCUUCAAUGUGCUCACCAAGUCUGCCAUCCCUGCUGAAAAUUUCCCAUUUUGCACCAUCGAUCCAAAUGAAAGUAGGGUAGCUGUUCCGGAUGACCGUUUCGAGUUUCUAUGCGAGUUUCACAAGCCUGCGAGUAAAGUGCCUGCCUUCCUGAACGUAGUUGAUAUAGCUGGAUUAGUCAAAGGAGCCUCGCAAGGCCAAGGACUGGGGAAUGCAUUCUUGUCCAACAUUCGUGCUUGCGAUGCAAUUUUUCAUGUUUGUCGCGCGUUUGACGAUACAGAAGUGAUCCACGUCGAUGGAGAAAUUGAUCCAGUUCGAGACUUGGACACAAUUAGUGAAGAACUUCGACUAAAAGAUGAAGAAUACUUGUUGACAAAUUUGGAAAAGUUGGAGAAGACGGCUGGUCGUGGAAAUGACAAGAAGCUGAAGCCGGAAUAUGAUGCAUUAUGCAAGAUAAAAACUCAUCUGGUAGAUGAAAAACGAGCAAUCCGCAUGCAUGAUUGGAACAUGGCUGAGGUUGAAGUGCUCAAUAAACACUUGUUCAUCACAGCCAAACCAAUAAUUUAUUUGGUGAACUUGUCCGAAAAGGAUUAUAUUAGGAAGAAAAAUAAAUGGCUUAUAAAAAUUAAAGAAUGGAUUGACAAAAACGAUCCAUCCGCCAUUCUGAUCCCAUUUUCAGGGAGCUUAGAAUUUAAAUUAGUAGACAUGCCGGACGACGAGAAAGCUGCAUAUCUCAAAGAAGCCGGAACGACAAGUUCCUUGGACAAGAUAAUUCUUCAGGGGUACAAGGCUUUGCAGCUGAUGUACUUCUUCACUGCUGGUGCGGAUGAAGUAAAAGCAUGGACGAUUCAGAAAAACACCAAAGCUCCCCAGGCCGCUGGAAAAAUUCACACCGACUUUGAGAAAGGAUUCAUAAUGGCUGAAGUCAUGCCCUUCAAAGAUUUCAAAGAAGAAGGGUCAGAGGCUGCUUGUAAAGCUGCUGGGAAAUAUCGUCAACAAGGGAGAAAUUAUAUUGUGGAAGAUGGAGAUAUUAUAUUCUUUAAAUUUAAUGCAGGUGCUGGUCUUGCGGCACCAAAGAAAAAGUGAAGCGUCGACCAGAAUGCUGUUAUUGUUGGUUGUUAUAAUUGAUUGAUUGGUUGAUUAUUGAGUGAACCACGUGAAACUGUUUACAUUAAUCUGUUAUUUUAAGUUUUGUAUUCAACAUCAUGAUUGUUUAAAUACAAUGCUGACAAAAUUUGCAACUCUCAAACCCA